UAAACGGUCGUAGCACACUUUCUAUCGCUCCACCCUUUACGGCCGUCCUCAAACAGCUUCACACCCGAAUUUACGAACACAAAAACGCUCUGUUCUUUCUCUUGGCCUCGGCCGCGAAGCAAUAUAGGGUUUGACAACCCAAAUCGACAAAAAAAGGACAUGAUAAACUUGACGGGGCACACAUUUCCAUGUGGCAGGUAUCUACUAUCAACAUCAGAAGUUGCAAUGUAUGCAAGGAGAUUAAAGUGUAAAAGUAGAAAAUGGGAUCUAUUGUUGCAGCAAUCCAAGUUUUUUGUUAGUUCAAACUAUCGAGAUCAAGCAGGUUCUAGUUAUUCGAGUUUUACAACUUCAACAGGGGCCUGCACUCCUCAAGUUAGUUUAAUUAGAAGAUAUGUUUUAGAUUCUCCCUUGUCAAGGGAUGUCACCCCUAUCAGUAGACUCAUAAGGUUACAAGGGAGGACCAAUGCAAAUUGGAGUAGUCGUCAACUAAGGUGUUUUAGCUCAGAAGGUGAUGGAAGCAAGGCAAGUAAUGAUGAACAUAUACCUGUAAAGGACGGGGCUCACUUUGAUAAGGGGAAGGUUAGAAGGGAAAAGGUUAAGGAAAAUGUGAAGCAUUGUGAUGCGCAUGCUCGACUUGGGGAGCAAGAGCAGAAGGAAUGGCUCAACAAUGAGAUUCUGGCCAUUGAGAGUAAAAAGAAGGAAUCACCAUUCCUAAGUAGGCGGGAAAGAUUUAAAAAUGAGUUCCUGAGGAGAGUUGUUCCUUGGGAGAAAAUAACAGUUUCAUGGGAAACAUUUCCUUACUUCAUUCAUGAACACACUAAAAAGCUUUUAGCGGAAUGUGCUUCUUCCCAUUUGAAGCAUAAGAAGUUCACUACAGCUUAUGGUUCUCGUCUAACUUCUUCAAGUGCGAGGAUACUGCUGCAGAGUGUUCCGGGUACUGAACUCUACAGAGAAAGAGUAGUUAGAGCACUGGCUCGGGACAUGCAAGUUCCUUUACUUGUGCUUGACAGCAGCGUUCUGGCUCCUUAUAAUUUCGGUGAGGAUUGCUCAUCUGAAAGUGAAUCGGAUGGUGAUAAUUUAGAAUCAGGGGAAGAGUGCACUUCAGAGUCAGAGGUUGAGGAUGAGAAUGAUGGAAGUAAUGAGGAAGAGUGGACAAGUAGCGGUGAGGCAAAAUCAGAAGGCAGUGAUGAUGAUGAUGUGCAGGUAUCUGCUGAAGCCCUGAAGAAGCUUGUUCCCUACAACCUUGAAGAUUUUGAGAAGAGUGUUUCUGGAGUAUCUGAAAGUUCAUCUGAAGCUUCAAAGUCGGAGAAUGUUGAGACUUCAGAUAGACCUGAACGACCACUAAAGAAAGGGGAUCGGGUCAAAUAUGUUGGUCCUUCCGUCCACAUUGAAGCUGAUAACAGGGUUAUAUUGGGGAAGAUACCAACUUCUGAUGGUCCAACUAAUGCUUUUACCAUUAUCAGUGGCAGGCCCUUGACAAGUGGUCAACGGGGGAAGAUCUAUGAGGUGAAUGAGGACCGUGUUGCUGUUAUUUUGGAUAUCAAUGAGAGCAAAGAAGGGGAGGGAGAAAAAGAAGGGGAGGAAGAAAAAGAAGGGAAUGCCGCAGAGAAAGCAAGGAAAACGUCUGUGUAUUGGAUUAAUGUUAAGGAUGUGGAGCACGAUCUUGAUACUGAAGCGGAAGAAUGCUAUAUCGCUAUGGAGGCCCUGUGUGAGGUCCUGCAAUCUAGACAACCUAUUAUUGUCUAUUUUCCAGACUCUUCUCUUUGGUUGUCAAAGGCUGUUUCCAAGUCUAAUCGUAAAGAGUUUGUCCGUAAGGUGCACGAAAUGCUUGACCGGUUAUCAGGACCUGUUGUUUUGAUUUGUGGGCAAAACAAGGUUGAAACAGGGGCAAAAGAGAAGGACAAAUUUACGAUGAUACUACCAAGUCUGGGACGCCUUGCGAAGUUGCCUCUACCUUUGAAGCAACUUACGGAGGGACUAAGGUCGACAAAGAGAUCUGCAGAUUAUGAAAUAUACAAGCUAUUUACUAACGUUAUGUCUAUAUUUCCCCCUAAGGAGGAUGAUCAGGUUAGAAUAUUCAAUAAGCAGGUUGAAGAAGACAGGAGAAUUGUGAUAUCACGGAGCAAUUUAAAUGAACUUAAUAAGGUCCUUGAGGAGCAUGAUCUAUAUUGCAUGGACCUGUUGCAUGUAAAUACUGAUGGUGUGGUACUGACAAAGAAGAAAGCUGAGAAAGUUGUUGGCUGGGCCAAAAAUCAUUGCUUAUCAUUAUCUCUUGUUCCUUCAAUAAAAGCAGAGAGAUUGUGUGUUCCUCGUGAAAGCCUUGAAAUUGCAAUUUCGAGGCUAAAGGAGCAAGAAACAUUAACCAAGAAGCCAUCACAAAAUUUGAAGAAUCUUGCUAAGGAUGAGUAUGAGACCAACUUUGUUUCAGCAGUGGUCCCUCCAGGUGAAAUUGGUGUCAAAUUUGAUGAUGUUGGUGCUCUUGAAGAAGUGAAGAAGGCACUAAAUGAACUUGUCAUUCUCCCAAUGAGGAGACCAGAGCUCUUCUCACGUGGAAAUUUACUGCGGCCUUGCAAGGGGAUAUUACUAUUUGGGCCUCCUGGAACUGGGAAAACCCUCAUGGCUAAGGCACUUGCAACAGAAGCAGGUGCAAAUUUUAUCAGCAUAACGGGUUCUACUCUCACAUCAAAGUGGUUUGGAGAUGCUGAAAAGCUUACGAAGGCCCUCUUCUCUUUUGCUAGCAAGUUGGCUCCUGUGAUUAUUUUUGUUGAUGAGGUUGACAGUUUGCUCGGUGCUCGCGGAGGUGCUUUUGAGCAUGAAGCAACUAGAAGGAUGCGCAAUGAGUUUAUGGCAGCUUGGGAUGGAUUGAGAACAAAAGACAGCCAGAGAAUCCUAAUCCUUGGAGCCACAAAUCGGCCAUUUGACCUUGACGAUGCUGUUAUUCGUCGUUUACCUAGAAGAAUAUAUGUAGACCUACCAGAUGCUGAAAAUCGGGUUAAGAUACUGAGAAUAUUUCUUGCUCAAGAGAAUCUAGAACCUGAAUUUCAUUUUGAAAAACUUGCGGUGGCAACUGAAGGAUAUUCAGGGAGCGAUUUGAAGAACCUCUGUAUUGCUGCAGCAUAUAGACCCGUGCAAGAACUUUUAGAGGAAGAAAAAAAGGGGGACAGUAAUGAUGUGGUGCCUGUAUUGAGACCGCUCAAUUUGGAUGAUUUCAUUCAGUCAAAGGCCAAGGUGGGGGCUUCAGUUGCAUAUGAUGCCACUAGCCAGAAUGAGCUGAGGAAAUGGAAUGAACAAUAUGGAGAAGGUGGAAGCAGAAGAAAGUCGCCCUUUGGUUUUUAAGGUUUAAGUGAUGGAUUACAGAGGCUAUUUGUUCAUCAGAAAGCAUACAACCUGGAUGCAGUGUGUUAACAAGAGUAAUUUGUCUGUCAUCCCUUUUUUGCACCAGCAAUAGAUUAAGUCUUCACUGUAAUGUUAUGUAAUUUUAGGUCCAAACAUUCAUUAAACAGAGGGAAAUAUCCCAGUGUUUAUUAAUAAUGUUCUAAUUAACUUAUUUUAAAAUGAGCUAUUUCUAUGCUCUUGAUCAUUAUCCUCUUUUUUUUUUUUUUUUUGAUUUGUGAUCCUAAAAGAAAACCCGAGUCUUGUGUAGGUUGAUUGCAAUUUUUGAAUACCAAUAUGCUGUACGCUGUGUUUGGAGCU